CGUUUUGUUUUUUUUUUUUUUUUACCAUACCGGUAGCGAUUGGCGUGCGUGUGCGCGUGCGUCGUGUUCAGGACCAGCGAAAGAUCCAUGUCGGCGGCAGUACGGUGGUAAUUUUCGUUGCCCGUACACGCGUGUGCACACUGUUGUCCGGUCGUGCCGUUCCACGUCGUCCGCCAACGCCAAACUUCAGCGCACUUGUCGACCGUUCGUGUGUACACUCGUAACGUAUCCGAUAUCCACCAGAUCGUCGGUACCGACGACAGCUACGUUUCGAAAUGGAGAUUGAAAUUGUAACUACUACUGACAAGAAUAUUGGAAAAAUUAAAGUCACAGAUGCUUCUCAGAUUAGUGAUAUUAAAAAAAGCAUUAGCAAAAUAAAGUCUGCUUUAUAUCCAGACAGACAGUCAUUAAGGCUUGAACCUCGAGGGAAAAGUUUAAAGGAUUCUGAUAAGGUCAAAGAUUUAGGGUUAAUAAAUGGAUCUAAACUUUAUGUUAAAGACUUGGGUCCACAGAUUGGCUGGUCUACUGUAUUUAUGGCAGAAUAUGCUGGACCAUUGUUCGUAUAUUUAAUAUUUUAUGUUAGGCCUAGUUUGAUUUAUGGGGCUGCAGCUAACCAAAAAAUGUCACAAGUUGCUGAAGUUGCUGCUUAUUGUUGGUCUUUUCAUUAUGCUAAGCGAGUUUUAGAAACGUUGUUUGUACAUCGUUUUUCCCAUAAUACAAUGCCAAUAAUGAAUCUCUUUAAAAACUGUUCAUAUUAUUGGGGAUUCACAGCUUUUGUUUCAUACUUUGUUAGCCAUCCAUUAUAUACUCCACCCUGUACACUUCAAUUUUACUUCGGUCUUGGUACUUUCAUCUUUUGCGAAUUAGGAAAUUUAAGCAUUCAUAUAGCUCUGCGAAAUCUUCGUCCUCCUGGUACCAAAGUAAGACGUAUUCCCAUUCCUACUAUAAAUCCUUUUACUCUUCUUUUUAACUUUGUUUCUUGCCCUAACUACACUUAUGAAGUUGGUAGCUGGAUUGGGUUCACCAUAAUGACAUCAUCAUUCUCAGCUGGAUUGUUUGCAUUUGCUGGAUUCUAUCAGAUGGCUAUUUGGGCUCUUGGCAAACACAAAAAUUAUAAGAAAGAAUUCUCCGAUUAUCCAAAGAAUAGAAAAGCCAUCAUACCAUUUAUACUUUAAUUUUUUUUUUUUUAGUAAUGUACUGAAUGUUUUACAUACAUUUUAUCUAGGACUGAAUUUGGUGGGUGUGAUGUAUUUAAUAAGUUUUUUUUUUCUAAUUUUUUGGUUUGUAUCUUGUGGAU